CCAACCCACACCUCAUGAUAAAUUACCCGACUUUUUACAUAACGAAGAUAAGUACUAUUGAGAUACCCGACCCAACGGUGAGAUUACAACUACAUAAGUCACGACAGGUCUUGGUAUCAAUGGGUUGUGAAAAGUACAGUUUUUUGUUUGUCUUUUACCCUUUGGUUGAAAAGGAACGUAACAAUUUUCAUUGAUGUCGUCUAGGGCUUUGUUUGUCACCUCUUCUGAUCUCUCUCUUUCCGGCUACAAAACGAUCAAACUGCCGAAAACAAUCCUGAAAAGCUCUACAUCCAAGUAACAUAAGACCCACAACUGCGAACCAGAAACACACAUGCACAAAGCCGAGGGAGCAGCUGGUACUACUAGCGACGUCGUCGUACCAGCUGCGCCAAUCUUUAGUAACCACUUAUACAUAUAAAGACGAGGGAGCAGCUGGUACUACUAACGACGGUCGCUUUGGCGACGGCGGUUCUGAUACAAGACUCUGCAGCAUGUUUGGGGGUGUCGAUUCACGUUGCCAACAAGUUAAGCAGCAAGAGAAGGCGGUGAUAGUGCACUGCCAAUCCGCCGACGAUGAUCUCCACGCCCAUGCGGUCGUCGCCGAUUCGAGCUACGGUUGGGAUUUCCAGACAUGCUUUGGUGCAGGGACGGUUUUCUGGUGCCGCCUGGCGUUUCAAGACAAGCGCCUCGGUUUCACGGCAUUCAACAUUGGUGACGAUUACGAUCGAUUCGUUUCGGACUACGACGUGUACGAUGAUGGGGUUUUCGGGACCAGCCAGCCUUGGUACUGGGCAACGACUUCACAUUGCUGAAUGGCAUUGAUGUAUCGAUUUAGCAUUCUACAUAAGCUAUAUGUAUGUGGGUGUGUUUCAUCCUCUCGCAAGAUCUAAUUUUGACAUUUUACAACUCUCUUCUUAAUUUUAGGUUUAUAAUUUUAUACCUAUUUUUAUGUUUCAUUAUCAUUUGAUCAAGCAAAUCUAAUCAAUUAGCUUCCAUUACUUCUUCUGAGUGGGCUAUUUUCCAUCGAUGAUGGAGGUCUAUUAAUCGUCGAUUUGGACGAAUUUCUUGCGGAUCGAGUUUUGGGAAAUUCCAAUAGGGUACCAUUACAGAUUUCGGGCGAAUUUUUGGAAGUCAUUUUCCUUGGAUUUUGAAGGCUAUAGAUCACGAAUUCGGUCUAAGACUAUUCUCCACCGAUGAGGAAGUCAAUUGAUCGCUCAUUUGGGUGGUUUUUUCAGAGGGAAUUUUUGUAAUUUUUUGGAUAAUUUUUUCAAAAGGUCAUUUUCCUUGGAUAUUGAAGGCUACAUAUCAAGGAUUCACCCUGAGUCUAUUCUUCACCUAUGGUUAAGUCUAUUAAGCACCGAUUUGGACAAAAAAAAAUUGGAUCCAUUUUUGACAGAUUCUUAAGGUGUAGCAUCACAGUUUUCAGGCAAUUUUUUUCGAAAGACCAUUUUCAUUGGAUAUUGAAGUUUAUAUGUCACAUAUUCGGCCUGAGUCUAUCCUCCACCGAUGAUUAAGUAUACUAAGCACCAAUUUGGGCGGAUUUUUUUCAUAGGGCAUUUUUGUAAUUUUUGGGCGAUUUUAUGGAAAGUCAAUUUCCUUUGAAUUUGAAGGAUACAUAUCACGAAUUUAGCAUGAGGCUAUUUUUCACCAAUGACUAAAUCUAUUAAGCACCGAUUUAUACGGUUUUUUUCCAAGUUCAUUUUUGACAUAUUCCAAAUGGGGUACCAUCACAGAUUUCGACAAUUUUCUUUGGAUUUUGGAAGGCAACAGAUCACUGAUUCGGCUUAAUGCUAUUCUACUUGAAUGAUAAAGUUUAUUAAUCGCCAAUUUUGCUAGACUUUUAGGGCAUUUCCUUAAUUUUUUCAGUGUUUCUUAUAUAGUCCAUUUUUCUUGGAUUUUGAAAACUACAUAUCAUAUAUUCGGUCUGAGAAUAUUCUUCACCGAUGAUUAAGCCUAUUAACCCCUCAUUUUGGUAGAUUUUUCCCGGGUGUAUUUUUAACAGAUUCCAAAGGGGUAACAUCACAAAUUUCGAAUUUUUCGAAAGGCCAUUUUCAUUGGAUUUUGAAUUCAAUAGAUCACGGAUUCUCCCUAAGGCUAUUGUCCAUCAAUGAAAAAAUUUAUUAAUA